AUGGUGGCACUCAAAGAAACCUCGCUAUGGGCGAACCGAAAAUGUCUGGCGAUUUGUGCCAUUGUCUCAAUUGCAAACAUGCAGUAUGGCAUUGACACAGCGGCUGUGGGUGGUUUCCAAGCUAUGCCCGGCUUCUUGAAGGUGUUUGGCUUCGAAGACCCCACCAGUCCCUUUGGCUAUGGCAUUGACUCCACUGUUCAACAACUCAUGACUUCUCUGAUGAGUCUUGGGAGCUUUGUCUCUGCUAUAUCAGCCGGUCUGUUUUCGAAAUACUUUGGAAGAAAGACAGGUCUCUGGCUUGCGUGUAUCCUAAACGCUAUUGCGGUUGCAAUUCAGGUUGGCUCGAGUUCUGCGGGUGCUCUUUACGUUGGAAGACUGAUCCUUGGUCUUGCCAAUGGAUAUCUCACCACGUUUUCAACAGUAUAUGCGACUGAGGCAGCACCUGCCCAUCUUCGAGGUGUUCUUGUCGCACUCUUUGCGUACUAUGUUAACUUCGGUUCGAUCAUUGGAUCGUUGAUUGAUAACUACACCAAGAGCUACAUGGAUAAGCGAAGCUACCGCAUCCCGCUGGCGUGUCUAUACAUCGUUCCCACGAUUUUGGCUAUCGGCCUCUUCUUUGUACCAGAAUCCCCUCGCUGGUUGCUACACCGCGGUCAAACUGAAGAGGCUCGUGAGUCUUUGAUGAGGAUGCGUGAGGAUCAUGGUGAGGAACUCGAACUCGAGUGGUCUGAAAUGCUGCGUGGAGUUGAAGAGGAGACGCGCCUUGCGAAAACCACAUCAUUCAUGGACAUGUUCCGUGGCAACGAUCUUCGACGCACUCUUCUAUCCUACGGUAUGAUAGCCUCCCAGACGGCAUCCGGCGUCUGGUUCUUCAUCGGGUAUCAGACCUACUUCUUCAGCAUUGCCGGCAUCACCAAGGCUUUUGAGUACUCCAUCAUGAAUGCCUGCAUCGGCUGGUUCGGUGUUCACUGUGGUAUCUAUGCCAUGAAACGAUGGGUUGGUCGAAGAUCCCUCAUCAUCUUUGGUGCUUUGACCUGCGGCUUCUGUGAACUUGCUUGCGGUAUCGCGGCAAGUGUCAGUCCGAACUCCAUCGCCACUGGUAAUGUCCUGGUUGCUUUCACAGCGCUUUUCAUGUUCUUCUACGAUGCAUGUGUCGGUGUAGCAUCGUUUCCUAUGGCCAACGAACUUGUGAGCUCACGACUACGCGCCUGGACAGUUGGCAGCGCGAACGCUUUGGGCUACUUCCUCGCCUGGCUGGUUGGCUUUUGCUCGCCAUACUUCGUCAAUCCUCAGGAUUUGAACUGGGGACCAAAAUACACAUAUAUCUGGGCCGGAUCUAACUUCCUCUGCGUCAUCUUCUUCUACUUUUGCGUUCCCGAGCCAAAGGGUCGCUCACUCGAGGAGUUGGAUGAGAUAUUCGAAGCUAAGGUCUCAGCCCGCAGUUUCCCUGCCUACAAGUGCCAGAUUGUCGAGACCGCCAGGCAGGAUGUUUACGCCAGCCGCGAAGUUGAGAUUCCUAAGCAGGAGACUGAGGCCUAA